AUGAAGGGACCUGACCCAUCAGACACACAAUUACCGACAGAAGAUGGCGGCUACCAGACCUACAAGGCAGCGGGCAAGCUCACUGGCAAGAAGGCGGUCAUUACUGGAGGGGAUAGCGGCAUUGGACGUGCCAUUGCCAUCCUCUACGCUUUGGAGGGAGCCGACAGUCUGAUUGCUUAUUUACCCGAUGAAGAAGAAGACGCUCAGGACACGAAAAACGAGAUAGAAAAGCGUGGAGGGAAAUGCUAUCUAUAUGCUGCAGAUCUGAGAAAGAGAGAAAAUUGCCGAGAGGUUGUCGAUGAGGCAAUGUCAAAAAUGGGUACUAUCAACAUCUUGGUCAACAACGCCGCGUACCAGAACAUGACCAAUGGUAUCAAUGAGCUGACCGAGGACCAAUGGAUUAAAACAUUCGACACGAACAUUCAUCCAUACUUCUUCAUGGCAAAAUACGCACUGCAGCACAUGAAAUCUGGCGAUGUUAUCAUCAAUUGCGCUUCCGUCAAUGCCUACAUCGGUCGUCCGGACCUCCUCGACUAUACAUCCAGUAAAGGCGCUAUCAUCGCCCUGACACGGGGCCUCUGCAAUCAACAGAUUACCAACGGCAUCCGCUGCAACGCCGUUUGCCCUGGCCCGGUCUGGACACCCCUCAUUCCGUCUACCAUGAAGACUUACGCUCAGGAUCAAUUCAGUGGAACCCCCAUGGGUCGCCCGGGCCAGCCAUCUGAAAUUGCCACUUCCUUUGUGUUUUUGGCCAGUCAGGACAGUAGUUUCAUGUCUGGUCAGAGCUUGCAUCCUAAUGGCGGAGUCAUAGUCAAUGGGUAG